AUGAAGGUCACUCCGACGCUGGACGAUGCUCGAGCUUUUCAGCAACUAACGCUCGCAGAUGAGCAUCUCAUGAUCUGUGUGUGUGGAGUGGACCAAGAUGCCGACGCUCGAGUGCUUCAGGAAGCGAUGCUGAAGAUUGUUCGAAUCAAAAUGCAAAUGGGGGGCAGCUAUGAACCCCAGGAGCGCCAAAGCACUUCGCCGUUUCGCCUACUGGUCGUCUGCAGACAAGUGAAACAGAGUGCGUUCAACCAGUUCUGCGCAUAUGACAACACGAACCCGUUUGCCAAGUUUUACUUCCUAGAAGUCGGUCAAUCACUUGAAAGGUUGCACCAGGCGCUCGUGCUAAUGUUGUCGCACCCAGCACAUCGAAUGAGCCAAAAUGCUGCAGAACAGCUUCUGGGGUCGUGGUUUUCACCGAGCAAAAGGAUCGACUCCCAGCAGGGUUAA